AUGCCUGACUCAUCUCAUUCAAUAAGCUCAAAAGAUAUAGCCUCUGCUAUUUCUCUCUAUGACCAAUCCAUUUACACCAAUAAUAAAUCUACCAACUUGGACUUGGACCAGAGAUCUUUGAGCCCUUCCAAUAAUGCUUUCGGUGAAGAUAGGAUAACAAGAACUAACUCGGGCUGUUCGAUCACUUCAGGUGCCUCUAUGAUUGCCACAAAGGAUGGUAUACAAGGGAGCAAUGUCAAAAGAGACGGAAUUCCGAAAUAUUCUCUCAACUUAUUGAACUCUAUGGUCCGAAAACAGUACGAUCAUAGUAAUGGAACGAAGUCUCCUACCCUGAACACUAACAACAAGGUCGAUCCAAAGAACAGAAAGAAUAAUAAGAAGACAAAUAACGGCAAGGAUUACGAAAAUAACGUAGCACAUGAGCAAAGUGAAAAGUUUUAUAAACUUCACAACACUUCCACCUGUAACUCUAAUCUCACUUCAGAUUCCACUACCUCAUUAUCUGACCAGUUUUAUUUCCAAAAAAACAAUCCUGAUUCUGCUCCAUUGAACAAUGCAAAUUACCUACACUCCGAUCAUUCUCCCUCCCUGAAUUCCAUGGAUAAUACUACGAAACACAGCAGCAAUGUGCACACUUGA